AUGGCCAACAUGUUCCGUCGGUGCGCUUUGGCUGCCGGGCUCGCCCUAACCACAGGCUGGGCGGAUGUUAUCUGCGUGACGGAGCUCCUCAACCAACGGGCUUCCUUCCUCAAGCCUUACAUCGCUUCGAGGUACAGCUGCUUUGUUGGGAUGCUCACCGGCAAUUUGAUCAAGAUGGGCAGUGGCGUGGCAAAACAUGGCUAUGCCGAUGCUCUCUUCUACAUAUCUGUGAUCCUCUGUAAUCUGGGAGGUGUUUGCUUCAUGCGAGCUUUGCAGCUUCGCAUGCCCAGACGUGCAGCUGCCAUCGCGGCGCCAGUCUAUCUGAUGCUCAUAUUUCUGUCCGAUGUCCUGACCUGGCACUACGGACACAGCAAGUGGCAUGCUUUAUUAGUGGCCCCGGCGUACGGUGGUCAGAACGUCCUGGGGCUGGAGGGGACGCUGAAAGUCAGCACCACCACCACCACGGGAAACUUUCAAAAGCUCAGCGUCGGCCUGUUCUCCCUUCUGACAGAUGGUCCCGCCACACUCUCGGAGUCGCAGAGAUCAUCGCUGGUAAUCGCCGCGAUCGUACCCCUGUGGACACUCAUUGGAGCACUGGUUGGAGGCUUCACCGUGGAGUACUUGACGACUCCAGAAAGGCAGUGGCGGUUCCGUUUCGUGGCGCCGGUGCAAUUUCUAAUCCUCGUGCUGCACGAUUUCCUCCUGGACCAACCUGCUUGUGGCCGCGCCGAGCAGGAGCCGGAGACGAGCUCCUCCGAUGGAGAGUCGACUCCGCCGGAUGUUUCCUCGCCAAAGAGCGGCGCCGGAGUAGGACGACUUGUCACUUCAGCACGCACCUUGUGA